CCAUAUAUAUAAACCAAAAUAUAUUUGAAAACAAGUAGUUAUCGUUUGAGAUCUUCACUGCAAACUUGCGUAGAAAUUUGUUCAAAUUUGGAAGUGUUGCGUGUUGAGUGAGCAAAACAUCAAAAAGGAUUAUAGCCAUGUUUAUUAACGUAAAAAGUGCAUUCUUUCUAGUCGCCAUAGUGUCCAUUACCAGAUGUGAACCACCCAGUACUAACUAUGGAACCCCUCUAGGAUCACCUAUUACGAAUUAUGCUAGUGCAGGAGUAAACUAUGCAGGCGCAGGAUCCCAUUACAACGGACAGGCGGAUUAUAGCAACAACAACAUUCACAAUGGAGGAGAUGACCAUCAUGGACAUGACCAUGGUGGUGAGCCAAAAUCCUACGAAUACGGAUACCAAGUUAAAGACGAAUACACCGGAACCAACUACAAUAAACAGGAAACCAGCGACGGAAACCAAGUUAGAGGAGAAUACAGAGUGGCACUCCCUGAUGGCCGUACACAAAUCGUAACAUACUGGGCAGACUGGCAAAGCGGAUUCCAUGCUGACGUUAAAUACGAAGGAGAAGCUCAGUACCCAGAACAGUACAACAAAGGAGGAUACAACGGUGUGUCUGGACAAUAUGGUGCUCCUUCCGGACAAUAUGGCGCUCCUUCUUUUAACAAUUACAAUGGAAACCAUGCUGCCCCCUCAGCCAUCAACAAUCUAGCUUCAGGCCACGAAGGUUACAACUACAACAACAACAACAACAACAACAACUACGACUCGUACAACAAUGGAUACCAGAACAAAGCACCAAGCAAUACUUAUGGAGCGCCAUAAUUAGAUUGGUAAGAUGUUGAUUGGCCUUAUGUGUCAUAUAUGUAUAAAAUAUAUUUCCCAGAAAAUUUAAA